AUGGAGUCUUGUAUUGAACUGUGUUGCAAAACUGCGACUUGUGAUGUUGCCUUCCUCUCGGCUGCUAAGUGCUAUGGAGUCGAAUGCGUGAGUGAUGACGAGUGCAAGGCUACAGCUACUGAUACAUCUGAUAUUAAGGUGCUCAUAGCACACGUGCGAACAGGCCAUAAGAAAGGUUAGUGCUCCGCCAGUUGAAAUGGCGGAGGUAAAUAAGCUGUUGUGGGAAUCUUUGAACGAACUUGGUUAUAGUCCUCAUUCCGUAAAAUACAGUCCGUUAUUCUACAUUUAGAUCGAUAUGUGCGGCGUUAAUGAAAGCAAUGGAUUGUUUGAAAUUGACGUGGCGUUGAAUUGGUGCAUUUGUGCAAGAAAUCUCGCUUUUGAAAGCUUUCUUCUCCAGAUAACUUUAUUCAAUCUCAAAUUUUUCACGGGGUCUGCAGCGUAAUGGUGUAUUUGAGGACUGAUUUUGCGCUUGGGAUAAAUUUCAGUGAAGCGAGCGAUGAUUUUUCCGGCGAUUACACUCAUUAAUCUUUGAUCGGCUUCAGAAUUGAAAGCCUGAAAGGUAGCUAGCCACCCGGAAAGAAAGAAUGGUAAAAACAGGUUGUAAGCAAAAGGGACAGCGGGAAUUUCUGCGUACCGUUUCUUCUUAUAAAACAAAUUCUGCUAUGUCAAUUUCUGUCUGGUUUGUUGUCUAUUGUAGAGGGCAAGAUUUACCUCAAAAUAAGUGGGUAAAUUAAAAUCUCUUGAAUAGCAAUUGGCGAUAGCAUAAAGAAAACAGUUAUUAUGGAAAGUUCCUCCAGUAGAUUAGAAUAGGAAAAUAUAACCAAUACAUAUAUAAUAGUAAAAUAAGGUAUGAAUUUGCUCCUGCGAAUGAAAAAUUGCUGAACGCUUUCAUGAAACUGUCAGUGACUUAAGAAUAAUGUUUUUUUCUUAAAUCAUUUGAUAUAUGUCAAUCAGUUAAUCCUUCAUGCACACACGGCUGAAAGACUGAGAUUAAAAAUAUUAUGUCGUAAAUUAAAGUAACUUUCACAGCCUCAUAUUUAAUUACGUAGCUCUGUCAUUUUAACUCCAGCCCAAGCUCUUACCGACUGAUAAAUUAGACUUCAUGGCGAUUUCAAGUCGAGAGCAAGGGAAAAACAGUCUUAAAAGUCCAAUGUAACUGAUCUUAUUAAUGUGUCCAUGAGUAUUCAUUUGUCACAGAGCAGCGGAUGUGAAUCAAGCUGACAAUUAUUAAGCCAUGAAUAUAUAGUGCAACCACCGAGAAACUAUUUCACAGGAAGAACCAGCUUAAACCAACGGAGUUCAUUUUUGCUAUAACUUGAAUAUUGUGGUUUCAUUCGUUUUCAAAAUAAUUUGAACUUCUCAAUUCAGUUCUUGUCCUCAAAAUUUUCCGCUUAUUCGAUGUUUAUGCAAUAUUCCUCUAUAUUCAGUCGAUUUUUUUUCUGGGGGUCUCAAUGGGGUGAUGGCUUUGACGGCUAACGUUUAAAAUUUUGGCCAAUUUACGCCUAACGGUUAAUUUUUCCUUUGCAGAUAAAAGAAAAAAAAUUACCGUUAACUUUUUUUAUUACUCACUGUUGUAAUUUUGACAAUCUUUCAUUUUUUUGAGGCUGUAUUACAGCUGACCGAGUUAAUCCCAUUGAGAGCAUUUUUACGAUGCUAUUUUAUUGCAACUUUAAGCAUUGAUCAUUAUGAUGAACAAAUACCAAUUACAUUUACGCUAACUUUUUAAAAACUCAUUGGCUCUAUUCAUAAAUUUUCGAAAAAAAAAAUUAUGAUAAUUUCAUGAAUAAUAUCCAGACAGAAUUUCUCUUUUAUUCGUUUCAGAUAACACAUCAUUAGCUUUUAUUACUCCUAACUUCACAUCGAAUGUUAAACCACAUCCAAAUGGUUUCUUGGGCUCAAAUCAGGGAGGCCUAUCUGCUAACACGCCAAAAGGUCUCAUCGCACAGGGACAAACAUCAUCGAGCAUUGUUAACCCAUCUAUGGCUGGGCAAUGCCAGCCAGGAAAAAUUUUCAAAGAAGUGACUUUAAAAGGAGGCAUUAAUGCCGGUACAUAUAAAGAUGUUGGCUCUGUGAAAAGCAUGGAGGAAUGUUCUGGUAAAUGCUGCGAGUUCGCGGCUUGUGAUUUAGCGUUUAUGCUUUCAAGUAGAUGUUAUCUUGUUGGAUGUUCAGAAGGCAAAAACUGUCAGAUACAAAAAGCAAAGCCUUCUCCGUAUCAUCCAUCUGUGACUUACAUUGAAAGAUGGAACAAGGAGGGCGUGAAGCAUUCAGGUAUGUUAAAUCUUCGACAACACUGCAAAUUGAACGCUAUUUGAGUGCAAAUAGAACAAGAUGGAUGGUUAUUUUUUGUGGCUCGAAGCUGAAUUAAAGAAAGAUUUUUUUUUCGCCUCAACACCAGUAUAGAACCAAAAAAAGUGUCUCAAUGAGGAAUCAAAACUCAGAGCGAUAAAGAGCUUUGUCAAAGUUAAAUGAAAUGAAUAGCAUUUUGAUCUGCGAACGACACAGAGUUGAGAAAAUAAUCCUUGGAGAGCUGCAGGCGGAGAAAUUCACAAAAAAGCGCAAAAAACAUAAUUAAUGCUUUAUAAAACUCGACAGGAUUCGAACUUGUUUCUGUAUGGUGAGUUAUUGGGUUGUUGGUACUUAGUAGCUAUUGAAUUCCCUAUAGCUCAGUGGAAAAGCAUCAGAACGAGGACUUUAAAAGUUUGGGACCCGAUUUGUUAUGGUGACUCUGAUUUUCCUUAGUCCUACGUUCGUGAUAAGACGAAGAGUGUCUUUCGUUUUGCUUGUUUGGUCCCGUAACAUGCACUUUUACACUGAAAUCCCUCGUCUUCAGUCUGGCAACGUUACCAAGCCCCCUCUCUCAGGGGACACUACUAACUCCUCAAUUCAUUUCGCAGAUACCUGGAUUGAGGGUAGAUAGAGCUUCUAAGGUUGUGCAUCAUAUAUAAAAGAGAAUAACAAAAUGAUCUCAAUCAUUCUUUUCAAUUUGUAGACUCGUUAGCUUUGGUAAUAUAUAUAAUUAGGCGAUUAGGGCAACUUGCCACUUUUAUACUCAAUUUGUUCGUUUUGUUUUUUUCCUUUUGCGUUUUUGCUAGAGAUAGCCAUUUCGGCUUUUUGAAAUACCCGUGUUAUAUUGAACUGCACUGAUCGAAUAUUUUUCUUAUGCAUAGUUUUUCUUGGCGACUCAGCCGAAACCAAAUUCGCAUGUCCCGCGGUGAAGCCGCUGACCAAGGUGACAUUAAAAGGAGGACUCAAAGCUGGAGAUUUCACGGACACAGGCAAGGUUGGAAGCAUAAAGGAAUGUUACGAGACUUGCUGCCAACAUCCUACGUGUAAUCUGGCCUUUAUGUUGGGCCAAAAUUGCUUCUCGGUUAAAUGUUAUAACAAAGACUUGUGCAGUACAAUUCCUGCGCAGCCUUCCAUCUUCAAUCCACAAAUUGCGUAUGUUUGGAACAGAAAUGAGAUGAAAAAUGGUAAGUUAAUAUAGUUAGAAUUACGUAGAGUAGAGCUUUAAAAAACUUACCUUCUUAGUGAUUACCUAUGAGUAACCGCUUUAAUAUUCCUUCAAAUCUUGUCGGUGGAAUUGAGGUAGUGCGAUCGCAAAAGAUUCGGUUUACCCUUGUUGACAAGAGCGUGAGGACUAAUAUAUAUACAUAUAGAGGAACAACACCAAGAGCGCCAUUUUGAAAAGAAAACCAUAGCGUUUUCAAUAGAGAAGAUAUUAUUUUUUACGUAGCAAUAAAACUGCAUUUACUUGCAUAUAAAUAAAAUUAUGAUAUACCUUAAAAACAGGUGAAAAACAUCUAAUACUGCAUUUAUUCUGAGCUUGCUUUUUUCUCUAUUUAAUUUCCAGACUCACCUAAAAACAAGAUAUUAAAACCUCAGCUGGUUUGCCCAGCUGGAAAAGUUUUAGACAGCGUAACUCUUGUCGGUGGAAUAAAAUCUGGGUACUUCCGCGAUCAAGGAAAAGUUAAAGAUAUGGACAAAUGUCGACGAAUCUGUUGUGAGAUGCCACACUGUCAUUUGGCCUUCAUGCUGUCUUCAAAUUGCUUUUCGGUAGCAUGCAAAAGCGCUGAUGCGUGUAAGACUCAGGGAGCUAAUCCAUCGAGAUACAACCCUAAAAUAUCAUAUGUAAGGGAUUUUAAGACAAAUGCACUGCUAGGUAAGAUUAUUCACAUGCUUAUCAUUUGUAAACAGGUGAAAACGAUUUUUGUCUGUAAGUAUAAAACAAGGCUUUAAGUCACCAACACAUUAAAGAGCAAGGGACUUCAGCGUUGACAAGUCGUGGAUAGUUCGCCUAGAACUAAAAUCUCAGUGUGGAGAAUUGUUGUUAAAGAGCACCAUUAUUCGGAAACUUCUUGAAGAUUCUUUUCAUCUUAGGAACUGAUCCCAUUGUUUUUUAUUUCCUGAAAAGAGGAAUGUUUAAAGCAACUGAGCUUUUGUUGCUGAAGCAAACGGGCUUCAGAAUGAAAUAAAACUUAAAUUCUCAUAUGAAAAAAGGGAAAGAGGAUGACUUCAAACAACCCUAAAACUCGAAAAAAAUCCUAAUUUGCUUUUCAAAACUGCUUUGAAACAAACCCCCUCUCCAAUUUUCAUUCACCCAUUUGUGCAGUGGCUGAGGCAGGCAAAAGAAUUGAGAUAAGAUUUUCAGGAAGACGAAAGGCUCAACUAGAUCCAAUCUGGCCGGUUAUUUGAAAAACACGGUUUGUAAUUCAGGGUUUGGGCUGAAGUUGUUCAUUAUGCUUUCAAAACACUUAUUAUUCUUGUUCUUUGUCCAGUUUCUUGGCAAAGUCACAAACACAUUUUUAUGUAAAGUAUAUUAGUCACACCAAUAGUUUACUUGAUUUUAUUUUAUUAAGCACUAAUAUCAGCCGUCUACAAAUUUUCAGGAGUCCCAAAAGUAACACAAACAGAAACAAAAGAAACCAUCCCAAGUUUGACGCAAACCCAGUUGGUACAGCCUACCACGCCAGGACAGCCACCCCAGAUCCCUGGACUGAGAGGUCCAGCAGCAGACGCGACACAAAUGGCUCAGUUUUCGCAGACACAAAUGCAAGGACAGAACCCUCUGAUCAGCCUACAGCAGCCGCCAUCACCAUUGGCGCCACCUCCACUUCCUCCGUCUCCAUUUGGGUCCAACCCACCCGUCGAACAGAAUCCUAUGAUGCCACAACCAGGGAUUUCACCUGGCAACAAUGCAGGUAUGCAGGAAAUUUGCAAUCCUUGCCAACUUUUCUUCUGAAGACUUCAUGGACCUGCACAAAAAAUUACUUUGGGGGAGGAUAUGCUUUCAUUUUUCUAAAGGAAUGAUUAUCAGUCGUGUUACUCUUUAACAUCCAUGUGAUGAGGACGGAGCGUAAAAGAGAUAGGAAAAAAUAGCUUAUAACUUCUCUGAGGUGAAAAAUAAAAUGUAUCAAUUUGGGGGGCAAAUCGGUCAUUCAGUGUAAAAUUGGCUGGAUUAAACAAGGCACAUUUUUGUGUCAUAAAAAACCUUGAGGGAACCGAUCGGAUUGCGUGUGUUGAGGAGUUUAAAGCCAAAGUUAUCUCAUUUAAAAACAGAUAAGAUCUUGAAGAGGAGCUUAUAAAUGUUCUAAGGAGAAUUUAUCGCCUUUCUUAAGCAGGUAUGCAGCUUCCAGUCCCCCUCACAACACCGGCAGAGAAGAUAGCACCAUUGGUACCACAAACUCCCGCAGAAAUUCAACCAAUCACAAAUCAGCAGGAGACCAAGAAAACCGACAUUGCGGCUGCGCAGACAGAUCAAAGCCUCAAGAGUCAGAUCAAGUCAGCUGCAGCUGGCCAAGCUAUGAAAAUGAACAUCGUAAACGGAAAAAUCGAAUUGACUCCCGUUGGAGCAUCGAAUGUAUCUGAAGACGCCUCUGGCAAAACUUCGGAUACAUCCCAUUCUUCCGAGUUGAAAGACAACGAAAAAAGCGACUCGGGAAAAAAAGCCUGUGAGAAGGUGAAGGUGCAUAAAAAUGUAACUUUGAAGGGUGGAAAGAAAGCUGGAAAGUUUAACAAUCAUGGUGACGUGCAAGGAAUGGAUGAAUGCCAGGAUAUAUGCUGCAGGGAUGAAAAGUGCAACGUUGCAUUUAUGCUCGGCAAGACAUGUUACUCCGUAACAUGUAAAAGUAAAGAACUAUGUGAACACUCAAAAGCUCCCCCAACGGAUUACAAUCCUCAGCUUUCUUAUGUGAGACCAAUGAAAAAUUCGGAUAAAAAAGGUAGGUUGAUUUUCUCAGCUUUCGACUUCACGAGUCGUUGGGCUAGAUCAACUUCUGGUAUGUUAAUCAGUCCGUCAGAGUAUCUCCCUUCGUAGCAAUUUGGCAAAAAUCUGUCUUAACUCACUAAAUCUAUUAUUUCGAAUUUCCUUCUACUAGAAUCCAGUAAAGCACCCGCUAUCCCGCUAGAGCCCAAAGACCUCAAAUGCAAACAUAGCAACAUUACAAAUGACAAAGAUCUCCCAGGUGGAAUUCACAAAAACAACUUCACAAUUGUCAAAGACGUGGACACUAUGGGCAAAUGUAUGGAAAAAUGUUGCGACAGUAAGAAGUGCGAUAUAGCUUAUAUGGUGGAGAACAAAUGCUAUUCUGUGUCAUGUUCCAGCAAGGAUUUCUGUAUUCCAGUCUCGGUAAAGGCCUCUAAGAAGACACCUCUGAUCUCUGCGAUGUUGAUAAAAGCGGAGCCUAAAGAAGAAAUAGGUAAAAAAGUAGAAACAUAAAACUCAAAUUUAUCUGCCGAAAAAAAGUGCGAAAAUAUAAUACAGAUGGAUUAAUUACCCAGAAAAAUUUUCUAUGGUUUCAUUAAUGGUUUCCUCCGGUUUUCCUCUCCAAGAGGAUUUUACUUUUCCAAUGGGAGUCAGUGGGAUUGUCCUCGGGAAUGAUUUAAUAAGACACUAAUUUCUAUCUAGAACUAAAGAAUAUAAAACGGUUAUCAAAUGUGCCAUGAAACCCACUCAAUAACCUUUUUAUAUAGCUUAACGAAAUCCAAUAUUUCAGAAAAAAGUUGGCUGGUUAACGGAGCGGGUAAGAUGCCCAUAUCUCGCCCACAGUGGAUUGCUUGAUUUGUUACCGUAAAGGUUGUUCUUGUCACUUUUGUUUACUUUGUUACAUGGAACGAGGAAAGGCAAUUAACAACUAAUGUACCUACUUCCUCAGAUUUAUCCGCGGUUGCUUCUUCACCAGAAGAUUCUGCAACUACAGAGCUGGCCUCUAAUUCUGCCACGUGCAUGUUGGACAGCAGAAUAUCCAAUGAUAUCAAACUUCGGCCGGGAACUAAGGCUAGUAACUUCACAGCUCUAGGUAGGGCAGAUGAUAUCCACCGGUGCAUCGGACGAUGCUGCGCUCGCCCCUCGUGUGAUAUCGCUUAUUUAUUAAAUGGGAAGUGUUUCGCGGUUCAAUGUCUUGACGGUGUCUUAUGCCAGACAAGUGCUGAGCCCGUAUCAGAAGGGGCAAACGUCAAGUUGGCUUAUAUGAACAGAGGAUCGUCCGGUCAAAAGGAAAAAGGUUAGUUCAUCUCGUCUGUUUUGCACUUUCUCGUAAGCCCUAAGUUGUCAGUCCUAAAUGAAUGUACAAAUUCCUGAUACCCGAUAACAAUUGCCUCACCCAUAAUCAAGAUUUCUUUAAUUUCGCACCAUCUUCAAUUUGUCAAAAAAUUCCGCUCCCAGUUCAAUUUGCAUUGUAAUUGAAUUUGUACCUUACAAGUCAAUUUCACAGGAAAUGAAUACGAAAAUAAUUAUACUAGCUUUCCUUUACUGCUGAAAAAAAAUUCAAGACCUUCAGUUUAGGAAAAAAAAUCGUAUAUUUCGAUAAUUUUAAAGUAUUCUCUUGCAGACUGGAUGAUCGUGUACAUUAUAGCUGCUUCCUUAGCUUUCGUGGCCGGAAUCGGCGGAGUAAUAUGGGCUGUGUGCAUUUGCACGAAAAGGUGAGAUAAUGAAUAGCUCCUUUGCUAUUCAGGCCUGAAAAAACGUCAGUUCUCAGAUCUUAAAGCUUGGCAGUAACUUCACAUUAAGAAAUAGACUUUCAGUUCUCCUAAAAAAAAACAUAUUACACCUGGUGGUGAAGCACUCAUACUAUAUUUAGAGAAUAAGGUCUCGAAUAAGUUUUUUUUAAGUUUUCGCUAUGUGCCUACUUGCAAUUUAGUAGCUGAGAGGAUAAGAUUAUAUCAUGCUUAACUCUGCAGACAAAAGCUUCGUAAACAAAGGAGAAUGCUGGACGAUGACGAAGAUGAUGAAAUGCUUCCCAAACGUAAGUUUUGUCGUUAAGAAAAAAAAUGGCGGAGGGGAUGGUUGGGUGAUGAGAAAAUCUACCUGAUUCCCCAUCAGACUCUGUAAUAUUCUUAUGCCUACCCCCCCUCCCCCCCCCUUCAUUGGCAGUUAAUUGGCAGUUAAUUGGCAGUUAAUUGGCAGUUAAUUGGCAGUCAAACUUCUAUAGCUCCUUUCGUUCCCCUUGAAAAUCAUGUGAUCUCCCGAAAAUCCUCACCUCCCCAGGCGAUAAAUGAUUAGCGUUCCCCAAUGCCAUCUUAUCUUAACAAUUUUGCUCACCAAAAUUCUUUUUGCUAUUUCUUACUAAUUGUUUUGUUUUGUUAGCCACACAGACACGAUACAGAACCCCGAUGCCAAGAUACUAAACAAGGCAGGCUCCUAACUAUGACAACGUACCUUGUACCCGUCACCCGAUCUUUAUGUCCAUUUACGCGCCAACCGUCGGUAACAUUCAAAAAGGAAUAUUUUAUACUUUGCAUCAACUAACGGCCCAGAAGAGACUUCAAAGCGUUUAGCAGGCUUUAGAAUCGGUGGUGAAUUAAGAAGCUACCGUCGAGAAGACUGGUGGUCACUUCAAAUAAUGAUGGCAUUGGUCUAACCUUUAACUUAAAUGCCCUUUGGUAUGCAUGCAACCGCUGGUCAUUAAGAGCAGCGACUUGGAUCGCAAGUAGAGGAAACUAAACUUACACUCUUUAAAUACCGGCUCGGUGAUAACGCCACCAACAAAAGAAGUUAUGAACAAAAAACGUUGAUGACACUUGGCGAUCGCUUCCUCGUAAAUUUUAUUGUUUCGCGUUUUGCAUGCCAAAACCUCUGUAAGUUGAAAUAAUAAAGGGCUGUUUUCUAGGUCAAUAGCGCAACUUUACACGAUUUUGUUUGUACAGCAAACAUUGCGAUCAGGACUACGAAGUUCCAGUUAAAUUACCUUCUCUUUCCUAGAUUGCUUUUUGUUCCAACGUUGAAAAAGCUCGUAUUGGUGACAAAAAAUGUUAUACCGACAAAGCACUCUUACGUGUUCAAUGGAAAGGACCUGCGAGGCUAUCGAUGAAUGUUUCCCCAAUAAUCUAGACCUUUUCAAUUAAUUUCCAUAUGGCAGGAAAUCAACCAGCAUCCAGCUUGCUUUUUAAAGCCACCGAAAGUUGAAAUACCCUCUAAGUUUCAUGGCUUAUUCUUUGGCGAAAGUUUUUGAACCAGUGGAAUUAUUAAACUCUGUGCACUAAAGUAACAUGCAGCCAAAAUGCUCAGAACUGGAAUAACAUUGUACAUGUACUGACUGCAAACUUAUUUUACGCUGAUAUUACAAUGUAGAAUAGUUAUUUAAUAAAUAUAUUUGAAAAU